CUUUGAGAAAUAUGUUAAAUAAUGGAUAACUUUAUCAAAUAGAUCAUUAUUCUCAUAGUGAUCUUAAUGAUCAAUAUAUCUUACUCAUUCUUAUCAUUUGUGCACCUUUUAUAUAUUUCUUGAUGCACAUGACUUUCCCUUGCAAAUAUUUUAUUUGCAACCUAGGGGAUAGUCUGGGUCUUUCAAGUUAUUGAUUUCAAUUACUUUUGAAUACUCUUCUAGAGUUUCAAGUCAAUCAAUAAAUUCGUAUCUUUGAAUACUCUUCUAGAGUUUCAAACAUAUUUGUACCUUUAAUCUCAACUUGAAAUCAUUGUUUACAAAUGUGUCGUAACCCCAAAGAUGGCAAAGAAUUUGUCAACACAUUAUCAUGAGAAGUUUGGCUCUUUCAACCAAUGAUUCUUUGUCAGAACACAUGAAGCUAUCAUUGGAAGAUAUUCUAGAGGAUUGUAGACACAGAGAUACAUGGAGAAGUGAGGGAGAAGAGAAGCUUAUUGAAAAGGAUGUGAUCGAGGGGGCUGAGGCUUCCAUAUGCCCACACUUUUAUUGAAGAUCACCACGUGAACUUGAGGAGCU